AUGGUUCUUCUCAUUUCCUGGAUCAUUGGUUUCAAUAGGUACUUGAUAUUUGAGCCUAAUAGAUAUAAACUGCGUCGACACUUUAUCAUACCGAUUUUUCUCCAAGUCUUCUUCAUUCCACUUCUCUUCAUCAAUACUUACAUCAGAUCCGAGCUUUUCUUGAAGAUCAGCAAGCUCCGCCCAGAAUACGAUGGAGAUGAUCUACGUGUUCAGCUCGAUGGUUUGACUAAAUCAGAAUUGGAGAGUUGUAUGUACACCAUGCUUUAUGUUCUCAUACAUAUCAUAAUUGUCAUGAUCCUCAUAGUCGUAUUAACUCUUUUACUUCCACAACGACAUUUCAAAAUCGGCUUUUAUUUUACGAUUGCUCAAAGUUUCCUACUAGUUUUCUGGAUAAUACAAUUCAAUAAAAUGUUUAUUUAUGGAUCUAAAGUGGAUCAGAUAAGACAACAAUUCAUUUUCACUAUCUUUGCUCAAGUCGUUGCCAUUCCACUCUUAUUCGGCACUACUUACAUCUGUUCUCAGGUUUUCUUGAAAGUUAGCAAGCUCCACCCAGAAUACGAAGGAGAUAAUUUGUAUGAAGUGAUAUAUGGAGGAGAUGAUAGUUCGACAAAGAAAAUAGAUAUCUCUUGA